AAUCAAUCUCGUAAAAGUAGAUAUAAUGUAAUCAAUUUGAAACAAAUCGUAACGCAAAAUUAGAAUCAAUUUAGCAGGUGACAAAUGCGAUCGAUUCUUGAACAUAGAUGAAAAAUUAUUUCCUACCCGAGUUUUAAUUGUUUCCUACUGAGUUUUAAUUAAAAAAGAAGGUUAAAAUAGUAGGUACCUGUAAGCGGAAAUCAUGUCCAGCAAAGUAAUCACGGUGACAAUGUUUAUUCCGGUCGAUGGAGAAGAACGCGCUGCCAACUGGAAGGCUGUUAAAUUGCUUCCCGCUGUGUACAGACUGGACAACGAGGAGUAUGCAGUAAAAAAGUUGCAGAUACCGGUUACCUACGCUGCGGUGGAUGAUGUUGUACCGAAAAUCUGGAGCGAAAAACCGACACUAGUCAUUCACAUUGGCUUCCACGAAAGUAUCGAAGCGGUGACCGUGGAAAAGUGUGCCUCUUCUUCGGGUUACCAUCGACUAGAUUUUGUCAACAAAUGUUUGCCGUGUGAUGAAAUUACAAUCAACAGCAGUGGGUCGAUAUUGGAAACGAAACUAGAUGUGCACACCAUUGCGGCCGAACUCUGUCUCAGUUGCUCAAACAAAAUGGACAGCUUUCUGUGCGAAUAUAUGUAUCUCAGAUCUUUGGACAUCGAUCCAAGUAGAACGCUCUUCAUUCACGUGCCGAAUGUUGUUGGGUCGUAUACUUCCGAAGAGACCAGGGACGUUCUGUACCAGGUGCUUGAUCGAUGUAUGAGACAACUAGAUACCAAGGAAAAACUUCAAUCAAAUUCGAAUAAAUAA